UUUCAAGAAUCCUUACCGAAUUUACAGAAUUUACAAUCAUGUUUCCAUAUCCGGUGUUCAUCUCUGGAGAUCUCAUUGUUGAGGUGUUAUCUCUUCUUAAUGUGAAAUCUAUUCUUCGAUUCAGAUGUGUUAACAAGCAUUGGGAUACUCUCAUUUCCCAUCCAACUUUUGUGAAUUUGCAUCUCAAGAAAUCAGCAAAACAAAAUCCUCACUUCUUACUCAUCACCGAACAUGGAACACAUAUCCCAGGUGAGUCACCCUAUGGUAGUGAUGAUGAAGCGGAGUAUGAACGUGGUGUCAUUCCCUACUCCAUAAGAAGCUUACUCGAGAAUCCUUCAUUCGCGCUUUCCAUCGACUCUUUUUACUUGGUGCAAGACAAAGGAUGCUCUGAUAUAGUUGGUUCCUGCAAUGGAUUGAUCUGUUUAAUAGGUGAAUCCAACAUCCGUGAGUAUAAAGAGUACUGGUUCCGAUUAUGGAACCCAUCCACCAGGACAACAUCGCCAAAAUUUGGGUUCUUACGCUUAUUUCACAAUCUUCCCGGUUACACCGCCUAUAAUGACUAUUUCAACUUUACCUUUGGUUAUGAUAACUCUACAGACACUUAUAAGAUAUUUGCCUCAACUUACAUUACGCGUGAAUUGAGAAGCGAUGUCAGAAUUCUAAGUUUGAGUGAUGAUGUUUGGAGAGAUAUUCAAACUUUCCCUGUCGAUCCUUUGUCCUCUUGUGAAACUGGUGUGUCUUUCAAAAGCACUAUUAACUGGUUGGCCAUUCAUAAUACAGUUUGGUAUAGCGGCGAUUAUUAUAAGGAUAUUACUAUUGAUCAAUUUUUGAUUGUUUCCCUUGAUUUGAGGACAGAGACAUACAAUCAGUACUUAUUGCCUCGUGAAUUUGAUGAAGUUCCACCUAUAGCUCCAGUUAUUGGUGUGUUGGGAGACUGUCUUUGUUUUUCUUAUCGUUAUAAGGAAACCGAUCUUAUUAUAUGGCAGAUGAAGAAAUUUGGGGUCCAAGAUUCUUGGACUCAAUUUCUUAAAAUUAGUUGUCACUCUCUUCAAAUUGAUUAUGACUAUAGUGAAUAUAUGAAGUAUCAUUUUGAUUUGGUUCCACUAUUUCUUUCUAAGGAUGGUGAUACACUGAUACUUAAUAACAUUCAAGAAGACCAUAAAAUUCUCUAUAAUUGGAGAAAUAAUAGUGUAGUGCGAACAAAUAUUACUGCAAGAAAAACAAUUACUCAGGAUGAAACUUCGGAUUUGGUCUCAUGCUCAUCCAAUGGCUAUUUUGAAAGCUUAGUUUCAGUUUUUGGAGUAAUUAAAAGGACAGCCAAUAGCUAAUACAGUUUGGGAAUUCAGAGGUUUGAGGAACAACAGUUAAGGCAAUGGUGGGGGAGAAAGAAUUCAUAGGAAUAUAUGGCUGCAAGAUUUGACCUCUUUUGACAUGUAGUGUAAUAAGUGUUUUUUCUACCUGUUGUCAGAACAGUUUAUUGUAUUACUUUCCAUACAAGUAUAAAAGACAUGAUGCAGCCUUGUCUUGGUCUUGGCUGAGAUAAAAUUACUCGGUGCUGGUAAUUUCUUCAAUUUUAGGUUUAAGGAAGAUGUGUCUUCCCUUUUUAAGUAUUCAUAAUUCUUAUAUUCCUUAUUAUACUUUGAGUAUGUCCAUGGGAAUGUGGUUAUUAGGCACUCUCGUGGAUUUCAAGUUA